CACACCUCCUUCCAAGUGUUGCAUCAGCCGGAGAUUCUGACAAAGACGAAUAUUACACACCGCCUCUGCCACCUGGCCUUACUGCCUCCCACGCAGCUGGGCCUUCGUUGCCCUCAAAGAGCGAAUCGAAUACCUAUACACCGUCUCCAAAACGACACUAUGUAGGACCAUCAUUACCUCUCUCACAAGCUCCUCACGAUGAUGACUCGGAUUGAGAUGAAAGGAGAAGGAAACUUCAGGAAGAGGCUGAAAAGCUUCAGCGGGAAGAGUAGAUCCUUGUACCUCCAAAAAGUGGCGACUUAUUGGAAUUUGGCAUCACUUGAUCCGACGAAAACCAGGCCUCGUCAGUUCGUACGUAGCGCUCCACCAUCGUGUGACACUUCCCUUUGGACAGAGACGCCAGCGGAAAGACAGCAACGUCUUGCUACGAAGUUGCUGGACGGAAACGACGUGCAGCAAAUACACCACCAUAAGAGGACUCGCGUGCCACAGCAAGGCGACGGGAUGAAGAUAUUUGCAGAGGAGUUGAGGAGCACACACGCAAGGCUCGUAGUUCAGCCAUUGUAGAGUCACAUCUAGAGCGAGAAAGGAGGAAGAGAAGCACAAGCAGAGUGAACCCUCCGUUUCCUGGGAAUGAUGUCUCUAGGUGGACGGCCUAUGGACGAUAAACAGAGGCAGAAAUGCUUCGAGAUGCCAAAAGACUCGCAGAGCGUUUCGUUAGUGGGUGC